AUGGAAGACAAUGUUUCUCAACCGCACUUUCCCAACACAUUGAGCAAUCGAUCAACUUUUCAGAUAGCCGUGGACGUUGCACCUCUCCUCGUUAUAAACCUGGCCGCUCUUUUUGGAAACGUACUUUUAUGUAUUGCAUUCUUUAAGAACAAUAACCUACGGUCAGUGACAAAUAUAUUUGUUUUGACACUGGCGGUGUGUGAUAUCUCAAUGUCCAUUACAUCCAUGCCUCUGUCAGAAAGUGCUCUUAUUGCUGGAGAAUGGAUCUUUGGGGAAUUCCUCUGCCACUUUCAAGGAUUUCUGACCCUCUUUUUGGCAUUCCUUUCGCUUCAGAUGAUGGCAAUGACAGCUGUAAAUCGCUACUAUCGAGUUUUAAAGCCAGAUUUGUACAAAAAAGUCUUCACGACCGGCUACACUUCUCUGAUGAUAAUCGCAGCUAGUUUACUAUCACUGGGAAUCCUAAGCAGCAUAACCUUCGGGCAGCAUGGCAACUUAUUCAUUUUUCACCCUGGAAAGACCAUCUGCGUUAACGUGUACCGUAGCAUGCUGACAGCACAAGUAUACACCAUUGUUUCUAGCGCCUUGUUCGUAUUACUGCCUGCUGUAGUAAUCGUAUGGUGCUAUGUGAAGGUGUUCACUGGAAUACGAAAGCACUUCCGUCGACUGGCCACUCGGAAGAUGUCAAGGGCCUCUCUCAACAGCCUUAAUCCAGCAGAGAUUGUUGUCACCCGCACCCUGUUUGCAAUUGUCUUGGCUUUCUUCCUUUGUUGGAUACCAUGCAUUGUCAUAGAUCUAAUGGAUAUUAUGAGGAACAAAUGGUUCGACCGACGGGUGUACUUGGCUUACACCUACUUUGCUUACAUCUCAAGUGCCGUAAACCCCUUCAUAUAUGGCGUGAUGAACAGGUCUUUCCGAGUGUUCUAA